CGCACCAGCAAGGCUGCAGAUGUGUUUGCAUCCGCAUUCUGCGGAGCGUCUUUUGAAAAAGAAUGUCUCGGAACGUGAAAGCAGCAUUUGGAUAUCGAUGACUUGACGAUGGCUAGCAGGUCCAGAAGGACGGAAGAGUCGCCGGAAGUGGAAGCGUCCGAUGAAUCUGACAAGGUUGACGCUUCGCGGGAUCUCCCGCCAUGGAUGCGGUUGUACUUCUACGGAAUGCACGGAGUGACUCUGGAUGUUCUGGUGUCCUCUUUACAAGGGGUUGUAAAUCACAGGGACCCCAAGUUGGUGGGCUUCUCGUCUCCGUAUAUGUGCGUGGUGCAUUCACUGACCCACUUAGCGCUGGAGAAGGUGUACUCCCAGAAGAGGUGUUUUGAAGGGAGGCCUGUUGUGUUUCAUCUCGUCUUCUAUCCGUCUGUUUACAUCGGACUGCAGCUCCUGACCGGCAAGCAGGUCCUAUCAGGUGCACACCUGAUCCUCCACUACGUCCUUGCUCUCUAUUUCAGCAAGAUCUUCCACAAGGGGGUGUCCAAGUUGAGGUACCACCCCUCCAGCUCCGGUCCACCUCCCCACCGCCUCCCCGGGUACCUUCGCUUCUUGUUCUUCGGGAUGCACGGCUUUCUGGACGAGGUGGCGUUCACCUCGGCGUUCAAUCUGGUGGAGAACUCUAACCGGAGCCCUAGGGGUCACACAUCCUUGUGGUCCUUCCUCAUGUACGGCAGCUGCAGCUUCGUAGUGGAAAAACUCUACAUGUACCUGCACUUCUCCAGAGGCUGGGGGACCUGGCGGAGGCUGCCCAUUUAUAUCUGCUUCAUCUACACGUGGGAGUUGUGCUGGGGUCUGGGGCUGAGGCAGUUCGGGGCCUGCUCCUGGGACUACUCGCACUAUCCGCACAACUUCAUGGGACUCAUCACUCUCCUCUACCUGCCCGGCUGGGCUUGUCUCAGCCUCUACCAGGAUGUGCUGUCCAAUGUGUUGCUCAGGAUCCGGUGCACCGAAGAGACCAAAAAUACAAGCAAGAGGGACUGACGUCAAUGCAGCGCCACCAUACAAAAAAAUUGGACUUUGGAAAUGUUGCGUGAGAGCACAUAUUGACCCAAAUAAUGUAAAAACAUAAGCAUGGAUUAUUAAGUGACAAGUUCUUAGACCAAAACAACGAGCAAGAGGGACUGACGUCAAUGCAGCGCCUCCAUCCAAAAAAAAUUGGACUUUGAAAAUGUUGCGUGAGAGCACAUAUUGACCCAAAUAAUGUAAAAACAUAUGCAUGUCUUAUUAAAUGACAAAACUCAAGCUACUUCAAAACAAAAUGUCCUCUGCUGGGGUGAACAUGUUGAUUUUAGCAUUCUGCUACACUGUAAACCCGAAUGUUCAAAAGUACUUAAAUAAAUGAAGUUAUGCAUACUCAAAGUUCUUAAAAAAAGGAUCCAGUGCACCAAAGAGACCAAAACAACAAGCAAGAGGGACUGACGUCAAUGCAGCGCCACCAUCCAAAAAAAUUGAGACUUUGGAAAUGUUGCGUGAGAGCACAUAUUGACCCAAAUAAUGUAAAAACAUAAGUAUGGAUUAUUAAGUGACAAGUUCUUAGACCAAAACAACGAGCAAGAGGGACUGACGUCAAUGCAGCGCCUCCAUCCAAAAAAAUUGGACUUUGGAAAAUGUUGCGUGAGAGCACAUAUUGACCCAAAUAAAUGAAGUUAUGCAUACUCAAAGUUCUUAAAAAAAGGAUCCAGUGCACCCAAGAGACCAAAACAACGAGCAAGAGGGACUGACGUCAAUGCAGCGCCUCCAUCCAAAAAAAUUGGACUUUGGAAAUGUUGCCCGAAGACAGCUGGGAUAGGCUCCAGCACCCACCGCGACCCUCAUGAGGAUAAGCGGUAGAAAAUGAAUAAAUUAAUGAAUGUUGGUAUAGUCUCCCUUUUUUAGUGGGGAACUGACAUUUUCCUGAAACUAACUGUUCUACUGCUUACUACUAAAGAGUUCAAUUCCACCCUUGGCCAUCUCUGUGUAGAGUUUGCAUGCCCCACCCCCCAUUCCAAAAACAUGCUAGGUUAAUUGGCAACUCCAAAUUGUCCAUAGGUAUGAAUGUGAGUGUGAAUGGUUGUUUGUCUAUACUAUGUGCACUGUGAUUGGCUGGCUGGCCACCAGUCCAGAGUGUACCCUUGCCUCUCGCCCGAAGACAGCUGGGAUAGGCUCCAGCACCCCCGCGGCAGAAAAUUAAUUAUUUCUUCACUAAAAUCACUUCUCUAAAAUUAUAGAAAUGGGGACAAUUGAGUUUCGGGUACAGUCAGAUCUUCUGGUACAAACAAUGAGUUUCCACCAUAUUGCUAUAUAUCAUCCAUAUUUUUUCAGGUUAACUACAAAGCAUGAGUGUUCCCAUUACUGAUAAUAUGUAUAAAUGCCAACACAAUUAAAUAUUUACGUGAAAAUCCUGUAGGGCGCUCCAGAAUCCAAACUAUAAUAUUCAUGUUGCCCUCCUUCUUCUAUUUUGUGGAUCAAGCUUCACGAGGGCAACCCCCCCUACCCCCACCACACAGAAAACCGUCACUUUCACCUGCGUCAUUAAGUUCAGUAGAGUAUGUCUCGGUGUCCACUUCCACACACUGAAAAGGAAGUGAAGAUUCGUUUGUGUGGGCAUCUAAAAAAGCAAGGUGGAGCGGUUCAAAGUUUCCUGUUUUGGUCUUCAACUUGUCAUUCAGGUUUUUCAAGUCGGAGUGCAGCGGAUUCAGUUUGAUCAAAGACCAAAUGGAAGCGUACAUCUGCGUAACAUAAUGCAACAUAAACUGAUGCUUUAAUCAGGAUUUUGUUUACAUUUAUUGGCUGUUAACAGCAUUCAGGCUCAUUCGCAGGCCUGAAAUGUGACAAGAUAUAUAAAUAUAUAUACAUAUCAAAUUCCUACCUGAGGGCCCUGCGGUGUGUUCACUUGACACUCCGCGACAAAAACACAAAAUCUUACCACAAGUGCCCUAAACGUUUUUUAUGUUUUUAUCUUUUUAGUCCUAUUUUAUGGUCUUCAGCUUUUAAUUCCAGUGUUGUGUUUUUAUCUUUUUAGUCCUAUUUUAUGCUCUUGGUCUUCAGCUUUUAACUCCAGUGUUGUGUUUUUAUCUUUUUUGUCCUAUUUUAUGCUCUUGGUCUUCAGCUUUUAACUCCAGUGUUUUGUUUUUAUCUUUUUAGUUCUAUUUUAUGCUCUUAGUCUUCAGCUUUUAACUCCAGUGUUAUGUUUUUAUCUUUUUAGUCCUAUUUUAUGCUCUUAGUCUUCAGCUUUUAACUCCAGUGUUUUGUUUUUAUCUU